CACCAGUCACUACACUGGUGCCUAUUUAUCUAUUUGAUCUGAUAGUCUACACUCCGCCACAACCUACUUUCCACCUCUCCCCCUUCCCGCCUUCUGGCCUCUUUCCAUCCAUCCACAACAAGACAUUCACCACCUCGCUCCUUCUUCCAUCCUAGCCAUGAUGUAGUUUCCCCAUUCAUUGCAGUUCUAAAAUGACACACAAUACCAUAGCGAAGUAGCAAAUCUCACCUAAAACAAUCACCGUAGCACAAAUCUCCCCCAACAUCAACCGUCUCACGUCGGAAGUGGAAUCCGAGCCUCCCCAGAAAACCAAAAAUAAGGAUUACGAGUCCAAUCUACAAAGGUAGAACCAUGAUCAGGUCCAAACCGACGCGAAUCACGCUCGGGGACGAAGAUCUGCGCUUUCACCUGCAGCGGCUUCUAGCGCGCCAUACUCGUCUGGCGGAGUGGCAUCAACAUGACCAAUAUCUGAACGGCAGCGACUUCGACGAGAACGAGGACGAUGCCUUUCUCGAGUCCGACUCGGAUCUGUUCUCCCCACCGGACUUCUCUCCCUCGCGUUCGGUCUGUGGGUCGAACCCAGACGGUUUUCCUGAGGAUAGUAGCUCGACGCCGCGCGGGGGAGGCAGAGGCAACAACACAGGUUCCAGGCCUGCGUUUCCGUCAGAGGAAUCCACUGGAUCUUCGUCUGCAUCGGCCUCGUCGUCAUUAGACGCAGACCAGCCAGUCAUUGUUCUAUCCUCCUCUUUGUCAUUGCUGGAACUUGGGGGAUCUGCUGCAGACCAGGGGACUGCAGAUACGCGCAGUGAAUUCCAGCCUUCAACAGAAAGCGGUGAUGGCAGUUCCUCACAGAGUCGAAUUGCUGCACAAGGUCUAUAUUCACCACCAGGCCAUUACGUCAUUCGAGAAAGUUCUUUGUCUCAUUGUAUAACACCCGCACGGGCCGGAUCAGAUGAGGUCUCAUGUGAAGACACGGGAUCUCACUCACUAGAGUGUGACUCUCAGAUAUCUCUUCCAUCUGUUUCGCAUACUUCCCUCCAUCAGCCAGAGUUAUCUUCUCCAGCUUUCCGUUCGGUAUCGUCAGAAACAAGAACCAUGAUCCCCAUCAGCUCGUUGCUCGAGGAGCAGACAAUGCGACAUUCAGACUCGAGCCAGAUCCAUACACCACCUGGAGCAGUGCAUGAGGCACGUGGCUCAAGCUCCGAGGACAAGAUCCACCCCGAAAUGGCACCUGUUGCUCAGUCAGAACAGAGCGCGGAGCCUACCACACUGGAAGCCAACAAAUCAAACGCGAUAACUGAUGGUGUCAAGAAGAAGUCGCGAGCUUUGAUAAGAUCGACACACGACAGGCUGUGGAGGGCCACGAUGCUAAACCUUCAAGUGAUACGACAGCUUCCGUCGCUAAAUCGCAGCUUGGCUUCAAGCAUACCCGGCGUCCAUCCAAAAUGGUGAAAUUCAAAGGACUCAGCCGGGCUGUUGACAAGCCCAUACCACAUUCCCAGAUAGGCGCAGACCCAUCGCUUGAAGUGACCGGCCAAGGCACUGGCACUAGUCCCUGUCAGCACCAGGGGGACCCACA